AUGACAAUUACGACAGAGACUCAUUUGGAUCGCGUAGCAGAGGCUACUAACGGCACACAUCCAAAAUUAAUGCUUACAUCAUCCGAAGUGUCGUGGGUAGCAUCGCUUCUUUGUCUUGGUGCACUUUGGGGAGCUGUACCGACUGGAUUAAUAUCUGAGCACUUUGGCAGAAAGAAAACUCUACUCUACCUCGCACUACCACUAGUGGUCUCAUGGAUCCUAGCUUCAUCCAGUCCAAACGUCUAUGGUCUUUACGUGGGACGGUUUGUGGGUGGUGUGACGGUGGGUGCGUUUAGUGUUGGCAUACCACCAUAUAUAGAAAACAUCGCGGAAAAGCACCUGCUUUUAACAUUGGCUAAUUUUUACCACGUUAAUUUCGCCUGCGGUGUACUCUUCGGAUACAUAAUAGGUAUGGUCCAGAGUACGUCAUGGCUGUGCAUCUUAUGCGUCAGCAUACCUGUAGCGUUCUUCAUCGCGUUUAUUUUUCUGCUUGAAUCACCCACUUACCUGGUAUCCCAAGGCAUAUAUAGUGAGGGCAAGGCUGCAUUACGAUACUUUAUAGGGAUCGACAAUGAUAUUAAAUCUGAAAUGAAGUCAUUAAAAGAAUACGUUCUAACUAUCGUAAAACUCGAGUCACUUUCAAGGCACUGUUUACCACUAGGACUUCUGUGA